AUGUACUUCCGCACCACCACCUUGUUGAGCAGAAGCUGCCGAUACCUUCUCCGCACUCCCGUCCACCAGAACUCGUCGCCUUUUUCUAUCUCUGCGCGCUCCUCCUCCGCCGUGAACGCUGCCAUGGCGGAUGCUACCUCCGGCGUUACUGCCGAUUCGUUGAAGGGCAAAUUGAUCGAACAGUUGCAGGCACAGCAUGUUGAGAUUGAGGACCUGUCGGGUGGCUGUGGCCAAGCCUUCCAAGCAAUUAUCGUUUCGCCCCAAUUCGAAAAGAAGACCAUGCUUGCUCGCCAUCGUCUGGUGAACGCCGCCCUGAAGGCCGAGAUCGCUGCCAUCCAUGCCUGGACGCCGAAGUGCUACACCCCGGAGCAGUGGCAGGCUCUGCAGCAGGGAAGUACCUAG